GGGGCCGCGGCGGGAGCCGGAGUCGCUGCCCUCCAGUGCGCAGGCGCCUGGCGGUUACCGGUCUCGCCAUGGAGCGGAAAGUGCUUGCGCUCCAGGCCCGCAAGAAAAGGACCAAGGCCAAGAAGGACAAAGCGCAAAGGAAAUCUGAAACUCAGCACCGAGGUUCUGCUCCCCACUCUGAGAGUGAUCUGCCAGAGCAAGAAGAGGAGAUUCUGGGGUCAGACGAUGAUGAGCAGGAAGAUCCCAAUGAUUAUUGUAAAGGAGGUUAUCAUCUUGUGAAAAUCGGAGAUCUAUUCAACGGGAGAUACCAUGUGAUCCGAAAGCUGGGCUGGGGUCACUUUUCAACAGUGUGGUUGUCAUGGGAUAUUCAGGGGAAGAAGUUUGUGGCCAUGAAAGUAGUUAAAAGUGCUGAACAUUAUACUGAAACAGCACUAGAUGAAAUCCGGUUGCUGAAAUCAGUUCGCAAUUCAGACCCCAGUGAUCCCAAUAGAGAAAUGGUUGUUCAGCUACUAGAUGACUUCAAAAUAUCAGGAGUAAAUGGAACACGAACACAGGAACACACAUUUGAUCUAUGUCUGAAUAUCUUUUUGAGAAUAUUGCUUUUGGCUUUUUUUUCCCCUUUCCAGACAAACCAAAGUAAAAAGAGACAUUUUUAG